AUGCAGAUGAAGUCUCGAGCCUUAGCCCCCUUCGCUUUUGAUCUCCUCCCGCUGGGCUCUGUACAGCCUCGUGGGUGGAUCCGCGACCAGCUGAAACUCUGCGCAGAGGGCCUGGGCGGGAAUCUCUACAACUUCCAUCGCUUCGUGAAAGACAGCAGUUGGCUCGGCGGCGACGUGGAGUACAGCCCCUUACGCGAGUCCGCUCCAUACUGGUACAAUUAUAUCGUGCCGCUCGCCUAUAUACUCGACGACAAUGAAUUGAAGAAGCAAGCGAACCAAUUUCUAGACCGCAUUCUAAAGAACCAGCAUGCCGACGGAUGGAUUGGCCCGGAACACACAAAGCACGGCAGGGGAAUAUGGGCACGAUGUCUUGUGUUGAUGGGCAUGGUAAACCACGCUGUUGCAGACCCAGCCCAGUACAAUCGUAUCGUCGAGGCUAUGCUUAGUUUCACCAAACUUGCCAACUCCAUGUUGAAGGACAACUUCCAAGGGCUAAUUCCUCAUCCUGGUGACGAGUUUGAUGAAUUUUGCAUUACACGCGCACAUGAGUUGUCCACGUCGCUGCAAUGGCUGUACGACCAGGUGGAAAAUAGGCAGGACAAAAUAUUGAUCUGGGACACCAUGGACCUUGCGUGGGAGGCCAGCCGUGUAGGCGACCGUGAUUGGUCCAAGUUCUUCACUGAAGAGCAAUUCCCGAAGAAGCCAGCAGCCCCAGGAUCUACACUCAUGAAGCACGUGGUGAACGUGUCAGAAGCUUUGCGCUACAUGCCACAGCUUUAUCGGAUGACCCAUGAUCCUGAAUUGGUGGCACAUACACGCCAAUCUGUUGAUAUGGUAUUCAAAUAUCACGGGACAACAUUUGGAGCAAUCUCGGGUGAUGAAUUUCUCGCCGGCCUUCACCCAAGACGAGGAGCAGAGCUUUGUGGAACGGCAGAAUUGAUAUUCUCGCUUUCAUAUAUGUAUCGUUUGUUUGGCGAUAAUAGCUAUGCGGAUAGAGCGGAACUCGCCACAUUCAAUGGAUUACCGGCCGGGAUGACAGAGGACUGGUGGGCACAUAACUAUCUGACACAGAGCAACGAAGUUUGGGCGAGGAACCUUGAAAAUUGGCCCUUUUACAACUGUGGCGGACGUGCUCUGGUAUAUGGCUUGGAAGUGAACUAUCCAUGUUGUUUGGUUAAUCACUCCCAAGCUCUACCAAAAUUUGCAAUGAACGCUUUUGUUGCUAGUCCAGAUUUAAGAUUUAUUGCGCACCAGUUUCUCGUUCCUGCCGAGGCCAAAAUCCCAGUCACAGGCCGUAGACCAAUAUACAUCAUCAGCGAAACUCAUUACCCAUUUGACGAAAAGCUUAGCUAUGAGGUUGAGACUGACCAAGCCUUUGAAUUCUACAUACGGGUCCCAGAAUGGGCCACUAAGGGGACUACGAUAAACAGAGCUUCCGGAAACGAAGAAACCAAGGAAGAAACCAUAGAAGUGGACGCCAACAAUCUAUACAAGAUUGCCAUAGCACCGGGUAAAACGGCAUUUACAAUUACACUAAAUGCCGAAAUUCGCGUUGUACCACGACCGAACAAUGCGGUUGCUAUAUAUAGAGGCGCACUGUUGUACGCUAUGGAGAUUCCACACAAGGCCAAGGUCGGCCCUCCAACACAUUUCGCAGAACGGAAGCCAUUGCCAGAUGCCGAGUACUCGCCGAAGCUUUGCGACGUGGAAUACACCCCGACAGCCGACUGGCGAGUGGCCAUUGAUCCAUCUCAGAUGCACUUCCACCGAUCCGAAGUGAAGGGAAACCUCCCUAAUCCUGUCUUUGCCUCCGGGGCGCCACCGGUGUCCAUCAAUGUGGCAGGCACCAAGAUAUCGAAUUGGGAAUUGGAAGGCGACUGUGCAGGCCUUCCGCCAGCAAAUCCAGCAGCAACUGGGAAACCGUUUGGCGUGAAAUUGGUUCCAUUCGCAAGCGCCAAGUUGCAUAUUUCCGAGUUCCCUGUUGUCGAUUUGAGCAAAGACAAGGUCAACUUACAAAGUCGUCGACCUAGUCAUGGUCAUUGCGUUUUGAUGUGA